UUAUUGUAUUUCGACGAAAGUGUAUUGCUCAUAACAAUACUGUAUACAAGCAAUACAAUGAAGUAUCGUAUAAUUAUGGAACUAUGGUGUUCAGAAUAAUCAAAUUUAAAGUAUUUAGACUCAAUAAAUAAUAAUAAUAUUUCCGGUAAUUGUUCUCUUAAAUAUAUAAUAUUUAAUCGAACAGUUACUUCAUCUUUUUUUUAAUUUUAACGACUUAUGGAACUUUAAGUUGGGUAGUUGUUGCAGUGCUAGUUUGAAUAGUAUUGUUUGGUGUCGUACUACUACAGCAUAACAUUAAAUAUUAGUUUAAUAACGAUAAUUCUGAUGAGCAGUCCUGGUUGAAAGUGUAAGAUGUGUUAAUAUUGUACCAUCGUGUUUAUUUACCUUUUGUUGUUGUGAUAGCUAUACCUUUGAUGCAGUUAAAUUUCUUCUUAUGUUGUUAUGGAAUCCAAUAGAUUUACACUUACAAUUCUAUUUGUUUUAGGAAAUUUAUUGAUAUUCAUUAAAACAUUAUUCGUACUGUUGACUGGAGUAAAACGGAACGAUUUUCCGCCUAUGAUGAUGCGAUUACAGCAUGAUCAAAAUUUUGAUGUAUGUGUUGUUGGAGCUGGCUUGUCCGGUGCAGUAAUAGCGGAAAGAUAUGCUAAUACAACAAAUAAAUCCAUACUUGUCAUGGAAAAACGCAAACACGUUGGUGGAAAUUGUUAUGACUUUAUUGAUAAUGAAACAAAAAUUCGUGUUUCAAAAUAUGGUGCGCAUGCAUUUCAUACAAAUUACAAGCAUGUUUGGGAUUAUGUGCAACUAUUCAGCGAAUGGGUUCCGUAUGAACUUAAAGUUCAAGCUCAGAUUAAAGGAAAGAACGUUCCAAUCCCGGUGAAUAUCAAUACUGUAAAUACAUUGUUUUACCUUGAUAUCAAAUCUGUGGAGGAAAUGAAUUCAUGGCUGAAAAAUGAACAGGUAUAUUUUAAUCGUACAUCAUUGAAUACAGAGGAAGUGGCAUUGUCUCGUGUAGGAUUAAAAUUGUACGAACUUUUGUUUAAACCAUACACUAUCAAGCAGUGGAAUAAAACACCUGCUCAAUUAGGGCCUUCGGUUUUGGCUCGUAUUCCAGUACGAAAUAAUUGGGACAAUCGUUACUUUUCGGAUCAUUUCCAGGCUUUGCCGAAGAAUGGCUAUACAGCAUUCAUCAACAAAAUGUUAAAAUCACCGCAGAUUACCAUUCGGCUGAAUGUAGACUUUUUUGAUCUCAGAAGAAGUAUCAAAUGUGGGAAAACAUAUUUCACUGGACCAAUUGACAGAUAUUACGCCAAAAAGGGUUUGGCCAGACUGGAAUACCGAUCAUUAUCAUUUGAACGUAAAGUUAUAAAAAAUGUACACCAUUUUCAAACAGCUAGUAUUGUGACCCAUCCAAACCUUAAAGAAAACUUUACUCGAAUUAUUGAAUACAAAUGGUUUCCUAAUCAACAAUAUCAGUCAAACGACACUAUUGUAUUCAUUGAACGUUCGACAGAUGAUGGUGAACCAUUUCAUCCGGUUCCAAAUAAAAUAAAUCAGGACUUGUACAAUCGUUAUAAAGCAUUUGCGAAUUCUGAUCCCCAUAUUCAUUUUCUUGGGCGCUUGGUAAAUUAUAAAUAUUUCAAUAUGGACGAAGCAAUUAAGAAUGCAUUGGAAAUGUUUAAUAAUACAGUAAACAACGUUUUAUAGCUACUACGCAAUUCUUAUGUCUGUACUUAACACUGUACACUAUGUUAAUGACAGUAACAUUUAGGUAUUACAGUUAUUAAUACAUAUUUGCACUUGCUAUAUGUUUGUAUAGAAUGAAAAAAAGCAACGUUUUCCUAAUUAUAAAUGUAUAUUGCUUGUGUCAUAUUAGUAACUACAGAAGUGUUUAACUUCAUUAAGAUUCUCAUCUCAAUGUCUUAUGAUAGACCAAGGGCGAUACUAUAAUAUUCCAGCGGAAAAUCGAUUCUGCUGUUACUGUGAAUGCAUAGUAGAGGAUGAGUUACAUUUCUUGUUAAUAUGUCCUUUUUACCAUGAUCUUCGUUGAAAAUAAGUAGUAUAAGAAAUAGCAUAUCUAGCGCAGUUUUUUUCAAUUUUAAUUAGCCACCUUCUUUUUAAAAAUCCAAAGCCGACCAAUAAAAAAACAGAUUUUCAUAGUACUUUAUGAAAACCUUUGGUAAAUUAUGAUUAAACGCUUCUGCCAAAUGUUUGCUAAAAUUCUGCCACCGUGGCAGACACUGCCACAUUGCUGCCAACUUGGCAAACUUUUGGCAAACCUUUGGCAGAUUAUUUUUAUUGAUAAAAUGUAAAGGUAUUUAAACUCAUACUGUAAAAUAAUUUAUAAUUGUUUGUUCAUUUUGUUUUACAUUAUUAAUUUUUAGUAUUUUAUACAAUAAAUCAUAAAUGUUUAUACCAUCUUGUGAC